AAGAAGGUAUAGUAAUAGUGGCCGAGGAACCUUGAACUAUCGCGGUCAGCACAGAAGACAUACUACCAUCGAUAUGGUAGGUUCCGAACCACACCGAUCGCUAAACAGAACCCACGGUAAUUAGCAACGGUAAAUUUGUGUUGAAGUGACUCUUCGCGCAUACAUGAAUGAAGGAAAGUGCCUGAGGCGUCCGCAGCAAAGCAAUGCAAAGUUAAUGUUUGGUGCGUAUUGACAGUGGUCGUGUCUGGAACCCUAUGAUGUCUAGGACAAGGUUCUUCGCCAUCCUGUUGGUUUUCCUAUCCGUUUUCCUGUCCGAUAUUCGUGCACAAGACGAUUCGCUAGCUAGCAGCUUCCUCUCAGGUCUCUUCGAUACAAUAACAAGCACCGCGGAAUCUAAGGACUGUCCAGGAUUUUGCGUUCACGCAUUGGCAACAUUGAUAUGCGACGACGUGUUGGAAGACGUCCAAUGCCCAUCCUCAUCGAUGAAAUGUUGCGUGGAAAGACCUACACAACCUAACACAACCGAGACAUCUGAAUCCAAUGACACAGUUAAACAGGAAACCACGACAAUCGCCACAACAAGCAGCAGCACUACUAGUGGAACCACUACGAGCACCACGCCUUAUACAACAACAACAUCCAGUACAACUACAGCAAACAAUAAGAUAGCUUCAAACAGUCAAUCCAAUUCAACCGUCAACGAAGAAAAUAAGAGUCCAUGUACCGAAAAAAAAGGUGUAUGUGUGGAGGAACGCGUAGCAGAUUACUGCGAGGCGAUAUUAAACAUAACAAACCUGUGCAAACCGAACUUGAAAUGCUGCAUCUCCAGCGAAUCUUACGGUGAGAAUCAAUCAACCGACAUAAUAUUUCCUAAUAAAACAAAAAUCAACUAUACGAAAAUCGAAACGAGAACAACGCCAAAGACUACAACCACUACAUCAACAACUACAACACCAGCAACGACAACGCCAUAUUCGUUGGUUAAGGUAAAUGAAGUAACAACCACAAAGCCCCAGUUCGCCAAACAAUGUCCAGGGGAAUGUACGAAUGGAUUUUUCGCCCUGCUUGCUUGCAAUGAUAUUGACCCGAAUGCGGUCUGUCCAAAUAACGAAGCAUGUUGCAUUUCAGCGCCUGAUGAUGAACCUGUAGAUGAACCCCCUCGAAGAACAACCACGCCACAACCGACGACAAGAAAACCAGGCCCAAUUUGUCCAGGGUACUGUCUAGUUGAUGUAAUGACAGCUUUCUGUACGAAACCGUCAGUAUUAAUCUCACAUACAUCCACUUGCGGACGAGGUUUUAUUUGCUGUGACAAUACCCGUAUUAGUACUAGCCCUCCGAAACCCAAACCGCAAAAAGUGCAUUAUACACCUCCACCUACAACAACUACAAUUGACCCGCGACCAGAUUGUCCGGGCCCUUGCAUUGUGUCUUAUUUCAGCGUUACAUGCUUCAAUCAUGCAGAAUUGACUGAUGUAUUCAAAUGCAAAAAACCGGGAUUGAAAUGCUGUGCUCCUAAAUCCCUAAUAAAAGAAGUAUUAGGUCAAAAAGAUGAGGUAGGGAUAAAAGAGAGUACAACGAACCCAGGAUCAUCGUACACUAUGCAACCACCUGUUACAUUUCCUACAACUACAGACAUCACAAAGUCGAUCAUGACAACGCAACAAAGCAAGGUGUACAGCAAAUACGUCUGUGGUGUUAAGGGUACAUCCCGAAGAGGUCGUGUUGUUGGGGGUGAAGAUGGUGAAAAAGGUGAAUGGUGCUGGCAAGUGGCUCUGAUCAAUACAAUGAAUCAAUACGUUUGUGGAGGAGCAAUAAUUGGCAGUCAGUGGGUUAUAACUGCAGCACACUGCAUAACAAAAAUGGUCCGAUCAGGAGACACAAUUUACGUGCGUGUUGGCGAUCACGACCUAACCAAAAAGUAUGGCAGUCCAGGAGCUCAAACACUCCAAGUGGAAACGACAUACAUUCACCACAAUCACAAUAGUCAAACUUUGGACAACGAUGUCGCUUUGCUCAAACUCAAAGGCUCAGUAGAACUCAAGGAAGGCGUAUGUCUGGUGUGUUUACCAGGCAGGGGUGUUAAUAAGUCAGCAGGGCAGCGUUGUAUUGUCACUGGAUAUGGUUAUAUGAAAGAAGCUGGCCCAAUACCUCUUAAAGUACGAGAGGCCGAAAUUCCCAUUGUGAGCGAUUCAGAAUGCAUUAGAAAAGUGAAUUCCGUCACAGAGAAAAUAUUUAUCCUUCCUGCAGGAAGCUUUUGUGCUGGAGGAGAGGAAGGAAAUGACGCAUGUCAGGGAGAUGGUGGUGGACCACUAGUCUGCGAAGAUGAUGGGUUUUUUGAACUGGUCGGUUUGGUGUCUUGGGGAUUUGGCUGUGGGAGAGUCGACGUACCAGGAGUCUACGUCAAAGUAUCGUCUUUCAUUGGUUGGAUCAACCAAAUCAUUAGUUACAGUAACACGUAGUACUUCUUCCCUUAAAAACUUUUUAAGCCAAAAAUAUUUCGUAUAGGUAUUUCAUUGUCCUCCCUUAAAUGUAAAUAUUUCUUCUUACUUAAUUUCCCUUUUAUACUGUUAUAUCGAAUGAAAACGACAUCAUAGUAGGAGUGGAAAUAUAAAUUUCAUUUGAGCUCUACUAUGUCUUUCCCUCAAGUUCUUUUUAAAUGUUAAAACCACUGCAUAACUAUGAAAAGAAAAAUAUAACUACGUUUGCGCAGAACGUUAAAAAGUUUUAAAAGUAGCAACAUUAUCACUUAUUGUCAAAAACAGCUAUAGACAUAGUAAACCUCAAACCAAAAAGUUUUUUUUCGCUUGCUGUACCAUCGUUUUCAUUGCUAUAUAGUUGAGUUUUUACAGGUUUAGUUAUACAUAUUAGAAAAAUUUAUGAAAUCUACGUUUUGAGUUAUUUUUUUUCCGAUUCAUUAAAUUAAUCUAUUAAUCCAUAUUAUUUAAGACAUCAUUAUUAGGAAAAAUCGUUAGGUUUAUCGAGAUAACAGAUAUUUUAAAAGAAAUGUACUGUUAUUCGGCUGAGUAAUUUUAAACAUUGUUACCAAAUAAGUCUUAAUUUACGCUUUAAAAUAAGUUUUAGUGUAUUAAGUUGAAGCUAUUCUAAUGUAGGAAUAUUUUUGGUAACUUUACUUAUACAACCUCUUAAAGAUAUAUUUAUGUACAAGAAUAAUUGUCCUUAUUUUUCGCCACUUUGCGUUUUGCUCAAUUGAAAUGGUUUAAUACAUUUUAUAUUUAUUUAUUUAACUAGUUUUAUAACGUUAGAAAAAAAUUCUACUUCAAUAAAAGUAUGUUCAAGUUAUAAUAGGUUUAUUUCAUUAUAAACAAUAUUAAAAUUGACUAUGGUAAUGUUGAAUAGUUCAAAUAGACAUUUUGAUUAAAUGUUAAUAAUAAAAAGUCAUUAAAUAAAAAUAAAAUAUAAUUUAAAG